AUGGCUUCGAUCUUCCAGGCCUUUCCCGCCUUGAGGCGCGCUGCUCCGCGCCUCUCGCGCGACUUCUUCGCCUGCAGCCGAGCUGUCAAUCCCGCAAAGUCUGCCGUCCCGCCGCCGCUCCGCUCCCACCUCCGCCAGAGUCCCAUCCUCGGCGCCGUACGAUGGCAGUCCACCGCGAAGCCUGCCCAGACUCCGCUCGGAGCCUUGAGCAAAUCAAUUGGCACCAAGCCCGUCCAGAAGGCUGCCACUGAGGUCAAGAAAAGAAGCUUUUUCCCGAAGAGCAAUCGAAAGAUUGUGGCAUACUGGUUACUCGGCAGCGCUGCCAGCGUUUUUGGCAUUGUUGUUUUUGGUGGCUUGACUCGUCUCACCGAGUCUGGCCUUAGCAUUACUGAAUGGCGUCCUGUUACCGGCUCUCUCCCUCCCAUGUCCCAGGAAGACUGGGAGUCCGAAUUCGCAAAGUACCGUGCCUCUCCCGAGUUCCACCUGCUCAACUCGCGCAUGACCCUCGAGGAGUUCAAGAAAAUCUACUGGAUGGAAUGGACACACCGUCUGUGGGGCCGCUUUAUUGGCGUGACCUUUCUGCUACCCACCAUAUACUUCAUCGCUCGGCGUCAGGUCACAGCAUCCAUGGCUUGGAAACUCACCGGCAUCUGCGGCAUGAUCGGCUUCCAGGGUGUGAUCGGCUGGUGGAUGGUUGCUAGUGGCCUGAAAGAUGACCUCUUCGCUCCCGGCAGCCACCCGCGUGUGUCCCAGUAUCGCCUGACUGCCCACCUGGGCGCUGCCUUCGUCGUCUACUGCUCCAUGCUCGUGACCGGCUUUUCCAUCCUGCGCGAGCACCGCUGGAUCAAGAACCCCGUCGCCGCCUACGAGGCCAUCGCCGCCCUGCAACACCCGCAUCUGCGCCCCUUCAAGCGCUACGUCACCGCCCUCACUGCCCUCGUCUUCGUCACCGCCAUGUCCGGCGCGCUCGUUGCCGGCCUCGACGCCGGCUUGAUCUACAACGAGUUCCCGUGGAUGGGCCUGGGCCUGACGCCGCCGAAGAAGGAGCUCUUUGACCCCUUCUACAGCCACACGCCCGACCAGUCGGACCUGUGGUGGCGCAACAUGCUCGAGAACCCCUCGCUCGUCCAGCUCGACCACCGCUGCCUCGCCGUUACCACCUUCACCGCCGUCAUUGCGCUCGCCGCCUACACCCGCUUCCCCAAGCUCCGCGCCGUCCUUCCCCGUGACGUCAAGAAGGGCAUGACCGGCGUCACGCACAUGGCCUGGGUCCAGGUCGCCCUCGGCAUCAGCACCCUGAUCUACAUGGUUCCCACGCAUCUGGCUGCUACCCACCAGGCCGGCGCUCUGGCGCUGCUGACUACCACUGUGCUGCUAUGGAGCAGGCUACGGACGCCUGGCCGCCUUGUACGUCAGGUUCGGUCCAAGGUCAGUAGUAGGAUCUCCACCAGGCCGCGUUCGCCUGUCUCUCCUGAUCUUCAGAGCAAGCCCAUUGGCGGCACUGCUGGCACGGUUGAUCAAAAGGCAUAG